AUGACAAAAGUGGUACCUGAAUGUGGAAGUGGUGGAGGGAAGCUUUUCGAUGAACAAAGCAAUUCCACUCAGCGAUUUUUCGAUACACUUGAAGCUUUCUCUGCUGCUUAUGGAAAAGUUCAUCACAAUAUUUCACUGUUCAUUUGUGUUUUUGGUGUAAUGGCCAAUGUUCUUCAUAUAACAAUAUUGACUCGACCUAUAAUGAAAAGAAGUGCCGUCAAUCGAUUGCUUGCUUUCAUGGCGAUUUUCGAUACAAUUACAAUGGUCGAUUAUCUGUUAUAUUUGAUUUGCUUUGGUCUUUUCAUCGAUUCAUCAACACCUCCAUUCGGUUAUCAAUAUCUUUGGAUUUGCUAUCUAUUGGCUCAUGUCGUUUUAUCAAUCUCUCUUCAUUCGAUUUCUAUGUAUCUUUCUGUUGCUACUGCAUUCAUUCGUUUGAUAGCAAUAUCGAGAAUUCAAUCGAAAAUGAUGAGACCACAAAUGGCAUCCCGUAUUUGCAUUGUAAUCAGUUUGUUGAUGGCAAUCCUGAUUGUUCCCACUUUUUAUGUGCAUCAAAUUGUCGAAUCGGUAACUCCCGGAGAAUUUAAGGUGGCUCUUCCACAAGAAAAUGAUAUUAGAUGUCAAAUUUUCAUUCUCAAUCUUUGGCUAACUGGAAUGUUCUUCAAGGUUAUUCCAUGUCUUCUUUUAAUGGUUUUCACUGUUAGUUUAUUGUAUAAAUUGCAUUUGAAUAAAAUCGCGCAUGAGAAGAUCGCCUCAAAACAAGCAUAUCAGAGUCGAAGUGCCCAAUCCGAUCGAACGACUAUGCUUUUGAUUCUCCUUCUCGUCAUCUUUACAACAACGGAAAUGCCCCAAGGUCUUCUCGCCCUUUUGAAUGCGCUUUAUACAGAAGAUGUGAAUCGCUAUCUCUACUCGCAUUUGGGCGAUUUUUUCGAUCUUCUCUCUCUGAUCAAUGGCUCGAUGUGUUUUGUUUUGUAUCCAUGUAUUUCUACUCAAUAUCGCCAGACGUUCUCCGUUCUUUUUGCACGGCUUCGAAACAAUUAUUGGGGUCCAUACAAAAGUACAUCGUUUUCGAGUCGUUUUCCUGGUACAAUCUCAGAAUGUCGUUCAAUCGAUACAACAGAAUAUUUCGGUCCAUCACUUCCAAUUGGUCAUCAAUAUCGUUUUGUUGAAUAUGAUGAAGUCAAUUUG